AUGUUUAGUUUUCCGCGUGUGGAAAGGUCUACUGUCAUCCCCGUCCAUUCCGACAAGAUCGAUUUGCCCGCGUCUGUGCUGGAGCUUCUUGUUAAGCGGUACGACCCAUUGCCGCAUCCCCUGACGUUUCGACUUGCCACCGCCACCAAUGUGUGCUACGCCGGCGUUCGCGAAUUCAGUGCUCCAGAAGACACUGUACUUGUUUCGGGCGAUCUGCUUGAGGCACUGAAAGGGGAGGCUGGAGGCCCAGUGCAAGCAGAGCUGAUUGAACUGCCAAAAGCCACCGAUCUGAGCAUCAAGCCUCUAAAGUUCUACAAGAACAUCUCGGACUGGAAAUGGUUUUUGGAGGCAAAGCUCACCAAGUAUUAUUGUUCGCUUACGCGAGGGCAAACCUUGCUCCUAGAGGACGAGUUUGGCUCGUACGAGCUUCUCAUUGACAGGCUCGAACCAGCGGCUACCGUUUGCAUCAUAGACACAGAUAUCAACUUGGACGUUGUUCCUCUGGACGACGAGAUGGCCAAGCAAUUCUUGCAUAGAGAGACGAUCAACGCUAUUCGCGUCAACGAAAAUGUACAGACCGAUAAGAUGCUCAAGCUCGAGCUAGAAGAUCACGAGCGUGUGCUUAUCACUGCCGAUACAGACUUUGUCGUUUCCAACAUGCCCAAUGUAAGCGACCGCUCUUUUAUAUGGCACACGUUGAACGGAGACAAUAAGAUGUUUUUACAAAAUACGUUCCCCUACUUUGAAAAAACGCUGUAUCUGCUACCCUUCGCACCCACACUGAUCCAGUUAUCGGCAAACUCAUCUGAAAAAUCCACUACCGUCUCUUCGGCCAAUGUGUGCAGCAACUGUGGAGCCACGGUAGCUGCUGCCUCCAAAGUGAUGCAUGAAAAUUUCUGUUUGCGCAACAACGUCAAAUGUCCACGCGGCUGCGGCAAAGUGUUUCUCAGAAAUGUGCCCGAAAAUCAUUGGCACUGCUGCGAAGCGUAUGGAGACGACGACACAUCUUUCAAAAGACACCAGAAAUAUUUCCAUUAUCACAUGGCGCCGGAGUGUUCCCGAUGCUCACAGACAGUCUCGACCAGAUUGGUGGACCACUGUGUGCAUCUGGCUACGAGCUGUCCAUAUACGUUGCAUGAGUGUAGAUUUUGUCAUUUGACGGUACCUAGGAUGGAGGCUUCCACAGAUGCACUACUUUCCGGAAUGUCGCAGCACGAGCUCGAAUGCGGAUCGAAAACAACAGAAUGUCCGAGAUGCAAGCGAAACGUCAGACUCAGAGACUUGGAGUCGCACAUAAAACUACACGAGCUCAACAGAGUGACGAGGCCUAAGCCCGUGGUCUGCUCAAACGUCAAUUGUAUUCGAGAGGCAGCCACUUCAAACGAGCUGAAGUUAUGUGAAUUUUGUUUUGGGCCACUAUAUUCACCUAUUAAUGAUCCAACAGGCCAGAAAUUGCGCAGCCGUAUCGAACGACGGUACAUUUUGCAACUCAACUCCGGCUGCGGAAACACGUGGUGCAAGAAUAAGGAGUGCAAAUCUAGCGGAAUGGCCUCCUUCCAAAAUUUCGGCGACAUUAUAAACCACAUUAAAACACAGCUCAUGAACUCGUCGGUAUUCUAUUUCUGCGUGGAUCUAGCUACUACCAAAAAAUCGAUGAUGGUGUCCCUGCUGUUGGAUGAACACGAGUAUGAUAGAGCAUGGAUCUGCAAAGCAGUCUUAGCAAAAGACAAUCUUGACGACGUCAGAAGGUGGCUGAUUAAUAAUGCGGUGAGAAUAGACGAGGAGUGA